AUGACAACGCCUGAACGAGUCUCCUUCCCUGCCGGCGUCUGUCGGCAGUGGAGAGGAGACGCGUCUCCAUGGCAACCUGUGAACCCGUCCUACUCCCUGCUGGCCUCCUCUGGCAGUGGAGGAGGCGUGUCACAACGGAGACCCUGCUUGCUUCUGUGUCAGCGAGUAGGGGAGGAGAGUCUGCUGAUUGCUGGAGCCUGGGAAUCCCAUGGGCUCGAUGCAAUGACUACUGCCCUCCAGGAUAUAGAAAAGUUUCCGGAUUUACAACCUGCUGCUAUCACUGCGUCCCUUGUUCUGAGGGUGAAAUGUCCAAUUUUCUUUAUAUUGGGUAUUUUUAUCCUGUACUGGGACACUCCUACUGUUAGAGCCAAUAACAGGAACCUCAGCUUCCUCCUCCUUGUCUCCAUCAUCUUGAGCUUCCUCUGUGUGUUUCUGUUCCUCGGUCGUCCUGAGGAUGUAACCUGCAUGCUGCGGCAAACAGCUUUUGGGAUCAUCUUCUCAGUAGCCGUGUCCUGCGUGUUGGCCAAGACCUUAAUGGUUUGCAUCGCUUUCAAAGCCACCAAACCUGGGAGUUACUGGAAAAAAUGGAUGGGAGCCAAAGUGUUCAACAUUAUAGUUCUGAUGUCUUCCUCCAUUCAGGUUUUCAUUACCAUUAUUUGGUUGGCCAUUUCUCCUCCUUUUCAGGAGCUGGACAUGCACUCAUACAAUGAAAAGAUCAUCAUUCAGUGUAACGAGGGCUCGGCCAUCGCCUUCUACUGUGUCCUGGGUUAUAUGGGGCUUCUGGCAGCUGUUAGUUUUAUUAUAGCUUUUUUAGCCAGGACAUUACCGGACAGUUUUAAUGAGGCCAAGUACAUCACCUUCAGCAUGCUGGUAUUCUGCAGCGUUUGGAUUGCGAUGAUCCCGGCCUAUUUGAGCACCAAAGGCAAAUACAUGGUGGCCGUAGAGAUUUUUGCCAUAUUGGCCUCAACUGCUGGGUUAUUAAGCUUUAUGUUUUUCCCAAAAUGUUACAUUUUGCUAAGAAAAACAGAGAUAAACAGAAGACAUUUAUUAAAGUAA